AUGGCGUGUCUAUAUAAAGCAACAAGGUUGUGGAAACAUAACUACCAUCUUCAUUACUUCUCCAUAACCAAACCGAGAAAUCAAAAACAAGACAAGAGACAGAUCUUCAGAACUCGUUUUGAGGAUGAAACUGAUUGAGAAGACGAUGAACAAGUCUAUCAAGGAGGAGGAGAAAGAUGAUGGAAGCAAAAUCUUCCAGACGAUCGAAGUAGCUAAGGUUGACCACCGGAGCAACGUAUCUCCGCCGCCGUCGGCUGGUACCACCACACCAUUGGUAGAAGUUUCCACCGGCGACGAGCUUAGCCUGCUUCCUCCGUUGAACUUUGCGAUGGUCGAUAACGGUAUCUUCCGGUCUGGAUUCCCGGACUCGACCAACUUCUCCUUCCUCAAGACUCUUGGCCUUCGCUCAAUCAUAUCGUUGUGUCCAGAGGCGUAUCCUGAGAACAACAUGCAGUUCCUCAAAUUCAAUGGGAUUAAGCUUUUCCAGUUUGGCAUUAAAGGCUCUAAGUGUCUCCCAGGAUUGGAGAACGAGGUUUGGUUGCAUCUUCGGAAGCAUCAGAAAGAGGGUUCCUAUACAAAUGGAAAUUCCAAAACUACGGAGCCAUUUGUAAAUAUCUCAGAUUAUAAAAUCCGUGAAGCACUUAAAGUCCUUCUUGAUGAGAAGAACCAUCCACUUUUGAUUCAUUGCAAUCGAGGAAAGCAUAGGACAGGGUGUCUUGUUGGGUGCAUGAGGAAACUCCAGAAAUGGUGCUUGACAUCGAUCUUCGAUGAGUACAAGCGAUUUGCAGCGGCUAAAGCUAGAAUAUCAGAUCAAAUGUUCAUGGAUUUAUUCGAUGUUUCGAGUUUCAAAAACACUCCAAUGUCUUUCUCUUGCUCCAGUAGUUAGGUAGAUGAAGCAGCAGCAAACAACAACAUUGUCCUUUGGAUUUGAUUGAUUGAUCCAUCGGUCAGUCCCUUGAGCCUUUUUCGUAUAUCUUCUUAGCUGAAUAACAAAAGGAGGAGAGCAAUCAUGAGCUACCAGAGGAAUAUCACCAUCAUUCUUCUUGUUUUUGUUUCUCUUUUCUCCUUAUCCAAUCAAUAAUAAUACAACUAUAGUAAUUGGAAGAAGAAAGAAAUAAGAGAUUCAUUUUCUUUUGAUUUUUUUGUAUGCUGAUAAUGCAAUGUAUCCAUGUACUCAACUCAUGUACUCAACUCAUUCAGCUAGAUAAA